CCGGUGGGCGCCUAGGAGGCCGCCGGCGGCUCCCGCCCCGCCCGGGAGGCGACGCCUGCGCAGUGCGCCGCGGAGCGGUCGUCCCGGCGCCGCCGACCAGGCCACCGGCGCCAUGGCGGAGGAGGUGCGCACCCUGCUGAAGGCCACGGUCCUGAUGCGGCAGCCCGGGCGGGUGCUGGAGAUCGUGGGCGCCCUCCGCCGAGGCGGGGCAGACCGCUUGCAGGUCAUUUCUGAUUUUGACAUGACCUUGAGCAGGUUUGCAUAUAACGGAAAGCGGUGUCCUUCUUCUUACAAUAUUCUGGAUAAUAGCAGGAUCAUCAGUGAGGAGUGCCAGAAAGAGCUCAAAGCCCUCCUUCAUCACUAUUACCCAAUUGAGAUUGACCCACAACGGACCAUCAAAGAGAAGUUGCCUCAUAUGGUAGAAUGGUGGACCAAAGCGCACGAUCUCCUGUGUCAGCAGAAGAUUCAGAAAUUUCAGAUAGCCCAGGUGGUUAGAGAGUCCAAUGCAAUGCUUAGAGAGGGAUACAAGACGUUCUUCAGCAUGCUGUACCAGAACAACAUUCCCCUUUUCAUCUUCUCUGCGGGCAUUGGUGACAUACUGGAAGAAAUCAUCCGACAGAUGACAGUGUUCCACCCCAAUAUCCAUAUUGUGUCUAACUACAUGGAUUUUGAUAAGGAUGGUUUCCUACAGGGAUUCAAGGGACAGCUCAUACACACAUACAACAAGAACAGCUCCGUUUGUGAGAACUCUGAAUAUUUCCAGCAGCUUCAGGGCAAAACCAACAUCCUCCUGCUGGGAGACUCCAUGGGGGACCUCACUAUGGCUGAUGGGGUUCCUGGUGUGGAGAACAUUCUCAAGAUUGGCUUCUUAAAUGACAAGGUGGAGGAGCGGCGAGAGCGCUACCUGGACUCCUUUGACAUUGUGCUGGAGAAGGACGAGACGCUGGAUGUGGUCAACGGGCUGCUGCAGCACAUCCUGGAACAGGGGGACUGGAUGGAGAUGCAGGGCUCCUGAGUGUGCAGUUACGGGGCCAGGCCCUGCAGGCUGUGAUGAGAAGGGGAGCCUCAACGGGAGGUUGCCCAGCUGUCAACACUGCACAUCCCUGUGUGUGCAGAGAAAAGUCCAGGGCAGCCACAAGCUGCUGGGCCCCUGUCCCUCCCUCCUUCUUUCCCAGCUUCUUCUGUUGAGUCCAGAGGCGUGAGGGAGACCCUGCAGGUGGGAGGGGCUUCUAAAUGAACAAAGGGUGUUAACACGAGGGAUCACCUAGUCCAGGGAUUCUUUUUUCAAAAAAUUUGAACAUGGGGAGGUGUUCUUCCAACAAAUCAGAUCUGUGAAAUAGAUGAAAAUAAAUUUAAAAAAAGAAAAAAUAGGGCUGUUCUGAUUUCGGGGGUAUAGGGCAGAGCCUGUAUCCUUUGGCCUUGGAGGCACAGGAACCUCCAAGAAGCCACUAGGGCUCCGUGGAACAUGGUUUGAAGAUCACCAAAUUUGCACAGGAGACCCUUUGGGCACAGCCUAAAUGUGUGUGGGGAUCAGGCUGGGUAGGCAGAGAUGGAAGGAUGUGUUUCUUACCUUGACUGGUUUGGCCUCAUUCUGAUGGAGCCGUUAAACUUGAAAUUCAGUGGGUAUCAAUUGGCUCUGGCCCACCCUGUCUGCAGAACCCCCUCUUUAUGGAUCCCCAAAGGGAUCCUUUUGGGUAUAGAUUUUCCCUGGUGCCCUUGGCUCCUCUCCUUCCUUUCUUCUCCUCCUCUGGUAGAUCCAGGGCCACUAAAACGGACGGCUUGCUGGGGGUUGAGACCAGGGGCCUGAAGGGAGAAGGCGCUCUGGCAAGUGAAAGAGGAGUGAUUCACGUCUUGCAUUAUGGGGCUUUCUUCAUUUUCUUUCCCUUCUUCCCUCCCUGUUGGCUUGGAUGGUCAAGAACUGGCUGAAUUCUCUCUAGGGAACCUUUUGAAGAAAACUGUAGACCAGCCAGUUCCCCUGACAUUUUCCUAGCUUGUCUUUUCUCAGAAUUCAUUCCCUUACCCUCCUAC